CUUGCUUUGUGCGGCUGGCGGAGUGUGGGUUUAGUUGCGCGGCGCGGCGGCGGCGUUCCGGUCCGGCAGCGACUUGCAGUGGCUUUAUAUGUUCAAAACGUCUCCCUGCUGGCUCGUGGGUGCGCUCGCGCGGCAAGCAGGGCCGCGUUUUGCCAGGGAGCUGCGACAUGCUAGUGCCCUUGUACGCUAGCUCUGGCCACGCAGGCAGCCUUACCCGUGUUCAUUCGAGCCUUCGUACCGCGCGUCCGUACCCCUCUCUGGCCGGUUCCGAAAGUACUGGGCUGCCUUAGCAUCAUAUCACAGUCCAGGUCACAGCCUCUCGUCUGUGAGAUUACAGAGCGGGUCGACAGCGAUAAUUAACGACUGCAUUCACGCAGCGUCCGAACCACCCAUCCGUGCAACGAUUCACGAUGCCUUCGACAACGUGCGCGCCGCGUGGGCGAAGGGUAAGCUCCUCAUAUCAAAGGGAAACAAAGCGAUGAAACGCCGCAACGCCUCUCGACCGGCCCGCGCGAGCGCGCGGCACCGCGGCAGCGACCCACGGGCUGCUGCUGCGGCGCGGCUGCGCCACCAAGGACGCGUCGCUCCAAAUAUUCCCACCGCGGCAGCGACCCACGUGCUGCUGCGGCAGCGCGGCUGCGCAUCUGACGACGCGUCGUUCCACAUAUUUCCCACGCAGGCACGCCACGAAGAUGGGCGAGAUGAUCUCAUCGUUGACGGGCGGCGAGGCGAACUACGCCAUCAUCGGCUGCGGCGUCGAGGGCCGCGGCAUGGGCUGGUACCACGCCCUGCAGCUGCUGAACGGCGAGAUCCCGCGCGCGCGGCUGUCGGACGUCGUCGAGCCCUUCUUUUUAGGAGCCGGCAAGGACCUGCCGCCCGGGAAGGCCUUCGCCGAGAUGGCGGCCAAGUGGAAGGCGAAGGGCGUCCAGUUCCACGCCUCCGUCGACAGCGGUUCGCUGUUCUCGGGGGCCACGUCCGGCACGAAGAUCGCGUUGAUCGCCGGGCGGACCUGCGACAACCCGGGCUUCUUCCGCCAGGCCAUUAAAGCGGGCGCGACGCACAUCCUCCUCGAGAAGCCCGGCGCGCCGACCGUCGGCGAGCUCGAGGCCAUGGCCCGCGAGGCCAGGGCGGCCAAGGUGCCCGUCUACAUGGGCUUCAUCAAGAACAUCUCGGGCUACGUCGAGGGCGCGCUCGCGGCCGCGAACGGCGCCGCCGGCGCCGAGGCCGUCGAAACCAAACUCGUGUCGCGCAACGACUACACGGAGGCCACUUUAGAAGAGUGCUUCGAGCGCAACGCCGAGGGCAUGCUCAAGAACAUGGCCAUCCACGAGAUCGCGCUCGCGUGCCAGUUCUGGGGCAUGCGCGCCGACAACAUUACCGACGUCAUCUGCAACGCGAAGGGCGGCAAGGAUUCCCCGGGCUGCGACAUGCGGACGCUGGGCGGCAAGACGGACUUCGCCUCCGUCGACGUCACGCUCGUCAACAGCUCGGGCACGAAGGUGCGCAUCUCGGCCGACCGGUGCUCGGGCGACGGCUGCUGCGCGACGGUCACGGACACGUCGAACGGCGUCGUGCUCUACUCGCAGGAGAUGGUCGGCGGCGAGCGGGCCAAGAAGGUCGCCGCCGAGGCCGCCGCGCACCCCAACUGGUUCUCCUACUUAUAUACCCAGGCCGAGGAGUACGCCAAGCUCAAGGGCGUCUGCGCGGCGCACGCGCUCGCGGGCACGACGCCGCCGGGCGUGGCGACCAUCGAGAUCGCCUGCGAGGCGCUCAAGCUCGCCGAGUGGCUGACGCCCGAGCUCCAGAAGAAGCUGAAGAAGUGAGGCGCGUUCCUGCUGUAGUAGUUCUCCCAUGAUGAUUUAAAUCGCUCGUUUCUCUGAA